GGAGGCGGCUCUGGGCGGCCGCUCGGCGAAUCCCGCGGGCUCCCGGCGCCGGGGCCGAGCCCCCCUUUGCUCCCCCUUUUCCUCCUCCUCCUCCUCCUGCUGCUCCUCCUGCCGCCGCCGCCGCCGCUGCCGGGCUCCGCUCCGCCUCGCCAGCCCCGAGCCGGGUGCCCCGGCCCUGCCGCUCCUCCCGGCCUCCGCAGUCCCGGCCCGGCGGGCGGCAGUGCCCGCCGUGGGUGCCCCGGCCAUGCUGCAGUGCAAACACGCGCAGGAGUUCAGCUUCGGGCCCCGCGCUCUGAAGGAUGCGCUCAUCUCCACCAACCCCGCGCUGCAGGAGCUCUAUGCCAAGGCCUUCUCCAGGGCGGAGAAGCUGUUCCUGUCCGAGGCCUACAACCCCCAGCGGACGCUGUUCUGCACGCUGCUCAUCCGCACGGCCUUCGACUGGCUGCUCAGCCACCCCGAUGCCCCCGAGGACUUCGAGACCUUCUACCAUGCCAUGCUGAGGAGGAAGCAGAACUUCUAUCGAAAGCACAUUUACCUGCAGCCUAUAGACUUAAUCGAAGGGCCUGCGGGACUCUCGCUGCUGGAUUCCCUCCAGAGCUGUGUGGAGUCUUUCUUCCUGGGUCUGCGUGUGAAGUGCCUUCCCUCCAUCCCAGUCUCUUCCAUUCACUGCUGCUUCCGCCACAGCCAGGACUCGGACAGGGUGCAGCUCCACGCAGAUGGGAUCCUGAAUUUCCUGAAGAACAAUAAGCCCAUGGAUGCCCUGUGUGUCCUUGGACUCACUCUGCUGGACCUUUACCCAUGUGAGACCUGGAGCUUCACAUUCAGCAAAUUCCUGCCAGGACAAGAAGUGGGAGUCUGCAGCUUUGCCAGGUUUUCUGGGGAUUUCCCCCAGGCUGGUUGUAGCAGCUUGAACCCACCCACACAGAAGGAAGAGCUGUGUGAAGUCAGCAAGGAGGGCAGAGACCGGACCUUGCAGUUCAGUGCCCAGGAGAUGGUCCAGUGCUGUAAGGUGACCUGUCAUGAGAUCUGCCACCUGAUGGGGCUGGGGACGUGCCGCUGGCUGCAGUGCAUCAUGCAGGGCGCCCUGAGCCUGGACGAGGCCCUGCUGCGGCCCCUGGAGCCGUGUCCCAUCUGCCUGCGGAAGCUGCAGCACGUCGUGGGCUUCAAACUCAUCGAGCGCUACAGGAAGCUCUAUUCUUGGACACAGACUGUGCUGUCCACGUGGCCAAGGCAGGAGUCAGCAGAGCUGUCUGCCUCAGAGGACAUCCUCCCGUUCAGCUCCGACUCUGGGAUGUGCUGCGAGAACGACUCCGAGGCUGUGACCUCCCUGUCCGAGCCGCUGACCCCCGACACCUGCAGCCAGGGCCUGUCCAUCGGGCCGGAGCUGGAGCAGGACGAGCAGCCGAGCUUGCUGCCGGAGGCGCAGGGCCAGCCCCGGCUCCCCGGGCACACCAAGGCCACGGACACCAUCAAGGAUUACGAGCUGUGGCUGGAGAUGUGCAUUGCUGCCCUAGAGAGGAACGUCUCUGAGGAGGAACUGGCUCAAGUGGACAGGACCGUGGAUGCCCUGGCUAAGUGGGAAAUGUUUACAGGACAACUGCCUGCUAUGCGGAAGGACCUGCCCUUUGCUAGGGACACCACCGGGCUACGAAAAGUUCUUGGAGACAAAUUUUCCUCCUUGCGGAGGAAACUGAGCUCCAGAAAACUGUCCAAAGGGGAAUCAUCCCCUCAUCGCUGGCGGUGGGAGGACAAUUAGGCUGGGGCUGCCUUGGGCUGGCUUUGUUCACGUCACUGCCCUGCUUCCAGCCUUCCUCACCCCAAGUUGUUGCUGUCUAAGAGAAACAGCAACUCCCCCCAGGAAUAAAAGGUGUUUUGUUUUCUGAGAUUGCUAA